CUGUGCUGUGUGUUCUGCAUGUUCUGUGAAUGUUUCGUCUCAUUGAGAUGACGUCAGAUUUACGCCAUCAAGUCGUCGCCGUGGCUUAAAGCUGUGAUGGCUUCAGAAGACGAAGUUAGUCUUCUGGUCAUCGUACUUGACGUGAAUCCAAUAUGGUGGGGGCAGCAAACGCAACGACAACCAGAGUUCACCCUGUCAAAAUGCCUGGAUGCUGUGAUGGUCAUGGGUAACUCUCACCUGAUCAUGACCAGGACCAACAAACUGGCCAUCAUUGCAAGCACCUGUCAGGAGAGUCAUUUCCUGUUUCCCAGUAAGCACUGGAGUGCUGGCGAUGGCACUGGGGAUGACUCUGUAUCAGCUGGUGGCGAUGGCAAAUAUGAGCUCCUUUCGGUUGCUAAUGACUUUAUGGCAGAGGAGAUAAGGGCUCUCAUAGCACGGAUGGAGGUGAAAGACCAGACAGACACGUUGUUAGCUGGAGCCCUUGCCAAGGCCCUGUGCUACAUACAUCGUCUCUCAAAACAACUGGCAGCUGGCCAGGACAUGACGUCCAGAAUAUUGGUGAUAAAAGCAGCAGAAGACUGUGCUCUGCAGUACAUGAACUUCAUGAAUGUGAUCUUUGCUGCUCAGAAACAGGUGAGAUGUCCCUCUCAUCCCCUCUGUUAUUCUCUCUAUCAUUGUGCCUUAAUUUCUCCUAGUUUUGUGUUCCUUCUGUUUCAGGGUGUCCUUAUAGAUGCUUGUGUGCUCGACUCCGACUCCGGGCUCUUACAACAGGCUUGUGACAUAACAGGGGGUUUAUACCUCAAAAUACCACAACGGGUUGCCCUCACACAAUACCUGUUGUGGGUGUUCCUGCCUGACUCUGAGGAGCGCGCCCAGCUGGUGCUGCCACCAUCGGUCCACGUGGACUACAGGGCCGCCUGCUUCUGCCACCGCAACCUCAUCGAGAUCGGCUAUGUCUGCUCUGUCUGCCUGUCUAUAUUCUGCAACUUCAGCCCAAUCUGCACAACAUGCGAAACUGCCUUCAAGAUCCCGCUGCCUCUGAUCAAGGCCAAGAAGAAGAAAGUCAAGCCAGUGACGUGACUCCGGUGGUCACCUGCACGGUGUGCCCACAUGAGGACCUUUAUUUGUGUGUGUAAUUGUAAUGCCUCAGCACUGGAUGCGUCUCGGUGUAGGAGGCCAUGUUCCUGAAGAGGUCUGGAGGUGUUGUCAUGGACUAUUUUCAAAUGGCUCAGUCAGCAAUUACUGAGGGGUGUUGUUUUCUAAUUCUAUUGUACUACCUACUCUUUAAGUUAAACUGAACUGAUGGUGCCUGUACACGCAUGCACACGCACGCACGCACACACACACACAUAUACACAUACACACGCACACACACACACACACACACACACA